AUGGCUGAACGAGUACGGCAGCCCCCAGCGAAGCGGUUCUGCUGCCGGCCCGGCUAUAACCCUACUUGCAAACAAGGACAACGGUCGGGAGCUUUGUGUUGCGGUGCGAGCUCCAGCCAAGGCGUAACGGGGAAAAUACACAAUCCGGAAUCUCUACUUGAUAUAGCAGCUAGGAGGGUCGCGGAGAAAUGGCCUUUUCAGAGGGUUGAAGAGCGUUUUGAAAGGAUUCCCGAACCCGUCCAAAGAAGAAUCGUGUAUUGGUCAUUUCCAAGGAGCGAAAGAGAAAUAUGCAUGUAUUCCUCUUUUAGUAUAGGCGGAGAUGAGAGUACGGUAUCGGGCGACAACAAUGACGAGACUCGCCUUCCUUUUCAGAGGGGUAUAGCUUUGCUGGAGAGUGGCUGCGUUGACAACGUUUUGCAAGUCGGUUUUCACUUGAGCGGCACGGUGACCGAGCCAGCCACGCCGUCCGAACCUGCGCAUGCCUACAACGUAGCGGUCAGCUUCGAUCGCUGCAAGAUCACGGCGGUGACAUGCAGCUGCGGUAACAAGGACAUCUUCUACUGCGCGCAUGUGGUGGCGCUGUCGCUGUUCCGCGUUCGGCGGCCGGACCAGGUCAAGCUGCACCUGCCCAUCUCGGAGACGCUCCUGCAGAUGAGCAGAGACCAGCUACAGAAGUUUGUGCAGUACCUCAUCGCGGUCCACCACACGCAGGUCCUCCCCACCGCGCAGAAACUGGCCGACGAGAUCCUGUCUCUCAAUUCCGAGAUCAACCAGGUCCACGGUGCCCCAGACCCUACUGCAGGGGCCAGUGUGGACGAUGAGAACUGCUGGCACCUGGACGAGGAACAGGUCCAAGAGCAAGUCAAGCUCUUCCUCUCUCAAGGCGGCUACCAUGGUUCCAGCAAACAGCUGAACCUCCUCUUCUCAAAGGUUAGAGAGAUGCUCAGACUGAGGGACUCUAACGGAGCGCGCAUGCUCACCCUCAUCACAGAUGAGUUCAUGGCCGACCCGCGCCUGGCCCUGUGGAGACAGCAGGGCACCACCAUGACCGAUAAGUACCGGCAACUGUGGGACGAGCUCGGAGCACUGUGGAUGUGUGUUGUUCUUAACCCUCACUGUAAGCCGGAGCAGAAGAAUUGUUGGCUCAGACAGCUGAGGAAGUGGAAUUGCGUGGACGUCUGCCCCUGGGAGGAUGGUAACCAUGGUAACGAGCUGCCCAAUCUGACCAACCCUCUGGCCCAGGGUGCCCAUGCUAACCGAGACGCCGCACAGCCUCACCGGACAGUGUUCACACGGGCCAUUGAGGCCUGCGAUCUCCAUUGGCACGACAGCCACUUACAGCACAUUAUCAACAGUGACCUCUACACAAACUGCCGUUACCACGACAACGCCGAAAGCUCCCUCUUCGACUCACGUGGUUGGCCAAUGUGGCACGAGCAUGUUCCCACAGCCUGUGCCAGGGUUGAUGCACUGCGGUCGCACGGUUAUCCCAGAGAGGCUCUGCGUUUGGCUGUGGCCAUAGUUAACACGCUGCGCAUGCAGCAGCAGAGGCAGCUGGAGCAUUUCCGCAGGCACAGGAAAGAGCUGCUUCAGAAGGGGGUGACAUCCAUCACAAACAUGGAGGGGUGGGUGGGGCAUCCACUGGACCCCAUAGGAACUCUCUUCAGUACCCUGACAGAGGGUGGUCAAAUGGGACAGGAGUCCGCCACAUGUUUGGAAAGAUCUGAAUGUAAGGCCUGUGUGUCCCUGACGCAUGUGUGUCCUGCGGAGGUGCAGAGGCUGCUGGAGGAGGGCGAGUCGUGCCUGACGUUGGCGCUGGAGGUUGCACUGAUGGGUCUUGGGCAGCAGAGGAUCAUGCCCGACGGACUGUACGCCCAGGAGAAGCUGUGUCGCAGUGAGGAGCAGCUCAUUACCAAGCUGCAGGAGCUCCAGCUGAACGACACGCUGGUCCAGAUCUUCCGCAAGCAAGCACAACUCUUACUAGAAGGUGGACCAUACAGUGGUCUUGGAGAAAUUGUUUACAGAGAGAGUGUACCUAUGCACACAUUUGCUAGGUAUCUCUUCACCUGUCUGCUACCUCAUGAUGCUGAUCUGGCUUACAAAGUUGCACUUAGAGCAAUGCGGUUACCGGUACUGGAGUCCAUGGCAACCUCAGGUGACCUGUCCCACUCCCACCACAUUGUUUCUGUGGUUACCAACCGCUAUCCUCGCUGGUUCACCCUCAGUCACGUCGAGUCUCAGCAGUGUGAGCUGGCCUCUACAAUGCUGACUGCAGCCAAAGGUGAUGGUGGGAGACUUGAAACAGUAUUACAGUCCAUCCAAAAGAGUAUCCACUCUUCCUCUCAUAUCUUCAAACUGGCACAAGACGCCUUUAAAAUUGCCACGCUAAUGGACAACCUACCAGACAUUACUCUACUCAAGGUGUCUCUAGAACUGGGUCUGCAGGUGAUGAGAAUGACGUUGUCCACACUGAACUGGCGAAGACGGGAGAUGGUACGAUGGCUAGUUACUUGUGCCACCGAAGUGGGUGUGUAUGCACUAGACAGCAUCAUGCAGAAUUGGUACACCCUCUUCACCCCUACUGAGGCCACUAGCAUUGUGGCGUCCACCGUGAUGGCCAACAGCACGGUGGUCCGUCUGCACCUGGACGGGCACCAGAGAGAGAGCCUGGCCACUAGUGCCCGAACACUCGCUCUGCAGUGUGCCAUGAAGGACCCUCAGAACUGCGCUCUGUCCGCUCUCACGCUCUGCGAGAAAGACCACGUGGCGUUCGAGACGGCCUACCAGAUCGUGCUAGAUGGCGCCGCCACCGGUAUGACGUACACGCAGCUCUUCGCUAUCGCCCGCUACAUGGAGCACCGUGGCUACCCUACACGUGCCUACAAGCUGGCUACGCUGGCCCUCAGCCACCUGAGUCUGGGCUACAACCAGGAUACACACCCAGCCAUCAACGACGUACUCUGGGCAUGCGCCCUCAGCCAAACACUGGGAAAAAACGAGCUAGCUGCCGUUGUCCCCCUAGUGGUGAAGAGUGUGAAGUGCGCCACCGUGUUGUCGGACGUGUUGCGCAGGUGCACACCCAGCACAGUCGGCCCGGGGCUGGUGGGUUUGCGGACGAGCAGGACGGCGGCCGGUAAGUUGACGUCCCUUGACAAAGCCCCGCUCAGACAGCUGCUGGACGCCACCAUUGGCGCGUACAUCAACACCACGCACUCCAGGCUCACGCACAUCAGUCCGCGUCACUACGGCGAAUUCAUCGAGUUCCUCAGCAAAGCGCGCGAGACUUUUCUCAUGGCUCCCGACGGACACCUUCAAUUCAGCCAGUUCAUCGACAACCUGAAACAGAUCUACAAGGGCAAGAAGAAACUCAUGAUGCUGGUCCGAGAGAGGUUUGGUUGA